UUUACUAUUCUGUUUCUGUAUAUUUUUCCUUUAAAACCCCAACCGCUCUUGCACUCCUCUCAAAAACCCCAUUUCCCACUUUGUGAAGAAACAUCUUGGUCUUUCCUCCAUCAUCCUCUCUUUCUCUCUCUCUCUCUCUCUCUCUCUCUCUCUCUGUGGCCCUUUUUCCUUUUCAGUGUAGUUUCUGGUUCUCUGGGGAUUGUCCUCAACUGGGUUCUCUACGUUUCUUUCUUUUGUUUCAAGAUUCAGUUGAAAUGGAUAAAAAAACAAUGCAUGUUUUCAAGGUUUUGUUCGGAGUCUUGGGAAAUGGCACCGCUCUCUUCCUCUUCUUGGCACCCACAAUUACAUUUAAGAGGAUCAUAAGGAAGAAAUGCACAGAGCAGUUCUCAGGCAUUCCCUACGUGAUGACUAUGCUCAACUGCCUCCUCUCCGCUUGGUAUGGGCUGCCAUUUGUGUCCGCAAACAACAUUCUGGUGUCAACAAUCAAUGGGACUGGUGCAGCCAUUGAACUGAUAUAUGUGUUGGUCUUCAUCAUUUUUGCCCCCAAAAGGGAGAAGGCCAAAAUUCUUGGUCUCUUCACUGCUGUGCUUGCUCUGUUCUCUGCUGUGGCAUUGGUCUCUCUUUUUGCCCUCCACGACAAGACCCGGAAGCUCUUCUGUGGCCUCGCUGCUACCGUCUUCUCGAUCAUCAUGUACAGCUCUCCUUUCUCGAUUAUGAGCACAGUGGUGAGAACUAAGAGUGUUGAGUUUAUGCCAUUUUUCUUGUCACUUUUCUCCUUCUUGUGUGGAACUUCAUGGUUUAUCUAUGGCCUGCUUGGCCAUGAUCCAUUUGUUGCUAUUCCAAAUGGGCUUGGGAGUGGCUUAGGGGCACUGCAGCUGAUCCUGUACGUCAUCUACCGUGACAACAAGGGCAAGGGCAGUGGCACCAAGAAGCCCAAUGAUGCUGCAACUACUGCUGACGAAUCAAUGGAUACGGGCCUUGCAAAACCUGACCAACAAUCAAAGCAGUCAGUUACCAUUAAUGGCGCCCAAGAUGGGCAUGUCUAAGAGCCCGUCUGCUUCCUACAAUGCGUUAUUGCCACGUGGCAAUGGCAUCACCAAAGUUCCAUUUUCCAAUUCUUGUUGGUCUAGUGUUGUACUUGUAGUAGCUUAAAUUUCCAGCUAAUGAUGUUUUAAUGACAAUGCCACUCUGAUUAGAUAAGUCCUGAUUGAAUCAAUGCGUCUUAGCUGAUUUCUAUAUC